CACAUUGUGACGCGGAGCCCGGGCUGAACAGCUGCUUCCUGGUUCUCCACGUGCUGCCAGCAGCGCUGGAGCUGCCCGAGCCGGAGCGGAGCCGCUGUUCUCAGCUGCAGCCAGGAUCUGCCCCCGGCCCCGCUGGGAUCCAGGGGCUGGUGACCUUCAAGGAGAUGGCUAUGUAUUUCACCAGGGAAGAGUGGGCUCUGCUGGACCCCACUCAGAGAGCCCUCUACUGGGAUGUCAUGCAGGAGAACUAUGAGACUGUGACCUCGCUGGGCCAGAGAAUAACAUCCAUGUUUCGCUGCAGAUCAUCUCAUCCUCCCAGGGGCAAGGAAAUGGCUGCAAUGGAGCUGGCUCAGGGGCCGGUGACCUUCGAGGAGGUGGCUGUGUAUUUCUCCAGGGAAGAGGGGACUCUGCUGGACCCCACUCAGAGAGCCCUCUACAGAGAUGUCAUGCAGGGGAACUAUGAGACGAUGGUCUUGCUGGGUAAGGAUUCCUGUCCCUUCUGUUCUUGGAAGGGGAAAUGAAGAGUGAAGGUUCAUGCCACCCCCACAAUGCC